GGAGGAGGAGGAGGAGGUAGUGGCAGAAGCAGCAGCAGCGGGUGAAGUGAAGCCAAGCCGCGCGUGGGGACUUCGUGGGCUGGCAGAGAAGAAGAGGAGAAGGAGGAGAGGGCUUUGAGCGAGCAAGGAGCAUUGCCGGAGAGAGAAGGAGGCAAGAAGGAGGAGAAGGAGGAAGAGGCAGAGGCAGAGGCAGGCAGCUCAGCCGCAUCAGGUCGCUCGCUCGCUGCGCCUUUUGUCGGGAGGAGAAGCCUCCGCCGUGGGACGCCUCCACGGGAUCAUCUACCUGAGCUGAGGCCAGUCUGUAUGAGGCUCAUCAGCACCAGCCAUUGAAGGACCAGUGUUUCCGUAUUUGUUAUCCAGUUAUCUGAAGAACUCAGAUUUAUCUGCGGAAGGUAAAUCCUAUUGCCAAGAAGUGGCUUGUCUCCCGCCUACCCACACACCUUCCAGCCAUGAGGCCUCUGCUUUUGCCUGCCUAUGUAGUGCUGUUGACCACCUUCCGAUGCCACGCCGUCAGCUUUCCAGAAGACGACGACCCCAUUAACAUUGUUGACUACCAUUAUUCAAGGCAGUAUCCAGUAUUUAAAGGACGCCCUUCAGGCAACGAAUCCCAACACAGGCUGGACUUUCAACUGAUGUUGAAAAUUCGAGACACACUUUAUAUUGCUGGCAGGGAUCAAGUAUAUACUGUAAACUUAAAUGAAAUUCCGAAAGGAGAAGUAGUUCCAAGCAAGAAACUAACAUGGCGGUCAAAGCAACAGGACAGAGAGAACUGUGCCAUGAAGGGAAAACACAAGGACGAAUGCCAUAAUUUUAUAAAAGUCUUUGUUCCCAGGAAUGACGAGAUGGUUUUCGUCUGCGGCACGAAUGCUUUUAACCCCAUGUGCCGUUACUAUAGGUUGAAUACCUUGGAGUAUGAUGGCGAAGAAAUUAGUGGCUUGGCCAGAUGCCCGUUCGAUGCCAGACAAACCAACGUCGCCCUCUUUGCUGAUGGCAAGCUAUAUUCUGCAACAGUCGCAGAUUUCCAGGCAAGUGAUGCUGUUAUUUACCGAAGCAUGGGGGAUGGAUCAGCAUUAAGAACAAUAAAAUAUGACUCAAAGUGGAUAAAAGAACCUCACUUCCUUCAUGCCAUUGAGUACGGGAACUUUGUUUAUUUCUUCUUUCGAGAGAUCGCCAUGGAACAUAAUAAUUUAGGCAAGGCUGUGUACUCUCGUGUGGCCCGCAUUUGCAAGAACGACAUGGGCGGCUCACAGAGAGUGCUGGAGAAGCACUGGACAUCAUUUCUGAAAGCCCGGCUCAACUGUUCUGUUCCGGGGGAUUCCUUUUUCUACUUUGAUGUGCUUCAGUCUAUCACAGAUAUCAUAGACAUCAACGGCGCCCCUACUGUCGUCGGCGUCUUCACAACCCAGCUGAACAGCAUCCCUGGCUCAGCAGUGUGCGCCUUUAGCAUGGAGGAUAUUGAGAAAGUCUUCAAAGGAAGGUUUAAAGAACAAAAAACCCCAGACUCUGUUUGGACAGCCGUACCAGAAGAUAAAGUUCCAAGGCCAAGACCUGGCUGUUGUGCCAAACAUGGCUUAGCAGAAGCUUACAAAACCUCCAUCGAUUUCCCAGACGAAACCCUCGCUUUCAUCAAGUCUCAUCCUUUGAUGGAUACAGCUGUCCCAUCUGUCAUUGAGGAGCCAUGGUUCACAAAGACAAGGGUCAGGUAUCGCUUGACCGCCGUCGCCGUGGACCGCUCUGCCGGCCCCUAUCAGAACUACACAGUCAUCUUUGUCGGCUCCGAAGCUGGAAUGGUACUUAAAAUUUUGGCAAAGACCAAACCUUUUUCUUUGAACGACAGCGUGCUACUGGAAGAGAUUGAUGCCUACAAUCAUGCAAAGUGCAAUGGGGAUGGCGAAGAGGACAAGAAAGUUGUUUCCCUGCAACUGGACAAAGAACACCACGCUUUGUUUGUCGCCUUCUCCAGCUGUGUGAUUAGAGUCCCCCUCAGCCGUUGUGAGCGUCAUGGGUCGUGCAAAAAGACUUGCAUUGCUUCCCGGGAUCCUUACUGCGGCUGGUUGAACCAUGGCACCUGCGGAAGAGUAAAAUCUAGCAUGUUGUUGUCUUUGUUUGUUUCAUACAACCACAGUGUUGGAGGGUAUGAGCAAGAUGUGGAAUAUGGCAACACUGCCCAACUAGGGGAAUGCCAUGAAAUUUUGCCUUCUACAACUACACCAGAUUACAAAAUAUUUGGCGAUCCAACAUCUGACAUGGAGUUAUCCUCAACUUCUCUUACCACAGUGGGAAGUAUCCCUGUUAUCUCACCCAAAGUGAUUGGUUCCUGGAAACCUAAAGUGACUGGCUCUCGGAAAUUUGUAGCUCAAGAUGACCCAAACACUUCUGAUUACUCUGACCCAUUAUCAGGGGUCCCAAAGGGUGUAAGGUGGGAAGUCCAAUCAGGCGAGUCCAACCAAAUGGUACACAUGAAUGUCCUCAUUACUUGUGUCUUUGCCGCUUUCCUUCUGGGAGCCUUUAUUGCAGGAGUGGCUGUAUAUUGUUACCGGGAUAUGUUUGUGAGAAAGUCCAGGAAGAUCCACAAAGAUGCUGAAUCCGCUCAGUCUUGUACGGACUCAAGCGGAAGUUUUGCCAAACUGAAUGGUCUAUUUGAUAGCCCCGUCAAGGAGUAUCAACAGAAUAUUGACUCGCCCAAGUUGUAUUCGAAUUUGUUGACAAGUCGAAAGGAGUUGCCACCUACUGCUGACACAAAGUCGAUGAUGAUGGUGGACCACAGAGGCCAACCACCAGAAUUGGCAGCUCUUCCAACUCCGGAAUCAACCCCAGUGCUCCAGCAGAAGACUUUACAGGCCAUGAAAAGUCAAAUGGACAAAGCCCAAAACAACCUCAGUGCUUCUAGAAAAGAGACACCUCUCAAGAGUCCUCAGUUUUUUCCAUCCAGCCCCCCACCACAUUCUCCUUUGAGUCAUGGACACAUCCCUAGUGCAAUUGUUCUUCCCAACGCCACUCACGAUUACAACAUGUCCUUCUCCAAUUCCAAUGCGCACAAAGCUGACAAAAAGAUGCAAAACGUGGACCACCCGCUGACAAAGUCCUCAAGCAAAAGAGACCACCGGAGGUCUGUCGAUUCCAGGAACACCUUGAACGACUUCCUGAAACACUUAAAUGAUGCCCCGAACAACCCAAAAGCCAUUAUGGGCGACAUCCAAGUGGCUCACCAGACUUUAAUGCUGGAUCCCAUGGGAAACAUGACCGAGAUCCCUCCGAAAGUUCCGAACAGGGAAGCCUCUUUGUAUUCUCCUCCGUCCACCCUCCCGCGAAACAGUCCAACCAAACGUGUGGACGUCCCUUCAACGCCUGCCGUCCCCAUGACCUCUUUGGAACGACAAAGGGGCUACCACAAAAAUUCCUCCCAGCGGCAUUCUAUAUCAGCCCUCCCUAAAAACUUAAACUCGCCCAACGGUGUGCUGUUAUCCAGGCAGCCCAGUAUGAACCGGGGAGGCUAUAUGACUCCCACGAUGGGCACAAAGAUGGACUACAUGCAAGGGACGCCGGUGAGUGUCCACCUACAGCCUUCCUUGUCGAGGCAAAGCAGUUACACAAGCAAUGGGACGCUCCCUCGGACAGGCAUAAAGAGGACACCCUCCUUAAAACCGGACGUGCCGCCUAAACCCUCGUUUGUUCCUCAAACACCUUCAGUCAGACCGCUGAACAAGUACACCUACUAAGACUUGCCUUUUCUGAUCAAGGGCUGUGGGAAGUUGUCGCAGAAGGGACAUGAAAACAGAGACUCGCUUGUCACCGGCAAAGAGAACAAGCGGCCAAAGAUGCUCUUUUAACUCCAGCGACAUCUUGUUCCGCCACGUGCCCGGCCUCCGGCAAGACCCAACUUGCUAAACCUAUUAAAAACAAAGGAAGGUGCUGGCCAUUGCUUUUCUUUUGUUUGGAGCCGAGGAGACAUGUAGCACAAAGGGGAAAGGGACGCUUGGACGGUUCUGGAGAGCCGUUCAAAGACCUUGGGGAGGAAAGAGGGGAGGAAAAAAGAGGAUCUGUCAGCAAAAAUACUUGAAAAUAAUAAUAAUAAUAAAGAUAAAAUGGGGUUCAUUUUUAGACUGCCAUAAUGUGUAGUCUUCCCAUGAAAUGUGAACAUUUUAAUAUGUAUGCAUUCGCCUUGCCUCUUGCACAAAUGUCAGAAAAUGAUAAUGUCUCAACAAGUAUGUUGGUUAAUAAGCAACUUGCUGAACUUUGAUCUGUACUCCAACUGUAGCAUUUUUAUUUUCCUCCAAAGGAUGACAUUUUGUUUAUGAUGCAGAUAAAAAGCAGUGGGUUGUGUGUGCGUGUGUGUGUGUGUGCAUGGGGUGGGGAAGUGUGGGUGUGAAUGAGCCACAAAAGUGAGGAGGGUAUUCAGACUCAUUGCAUCCUUGAAGUUAUUGAGAUGUUUACAUUUGAGCAUGACCGAACAACCUCCUGCCUCCAAUCCAGAUGCUUUUCCAUGAAGCACAUUAUGGAUCUUGUGUACAGAUUUUGGCACAAGGCAGCGAUUAGGUACUAUUUGAAGCUUUGGGAGGUAUUUGUUUGAACUCAUGCUGUCAUGAAAUCAGAUUUCUAAAUUCCAAAUGUAGCAUUCAUGGGAUUUCUAUUGAUACCCAACCAUUUACUGCCCAAUUUACUGCCCAAGCUGAAGAUGAGCUGCUAGCGCUCUCUAUUCUUUGCCCAAGACAGGAACAAUUCUUGUCAUAGUCAUAGAAUCAUUGAGUUGGAAGAGACCUCAUGGGCCAUCCAGUCCAACUCCCUGCCAAGAAGCAAAAAAAAAAACACAUUCAAAACACCCCCGACAGAUGGCCAUCCAGCCUCUGCUUAAAAGCCUCCAAAGAAGGAGCCUCCACCACACUCCGAGGCAGAGAGUUCCACUGCUGAACAGCUCUCACAGUUAGGAAGUUCUUCCUAAUGUUCAGGUGGAAUCUCCUUUCCUUGGCCCCACCUAAUAUGGUACAAAAAUAUUUUCUUAGAUAUCUGAAUGAGACAGAAUAAGCAAAGAGCAAAGAAUAGUAACAAAAAGGUAGUAAGACAUUCCGUAGCAGGAAAGACAAAUGGAUAACAAAACCUAUUUUCCAGAUAGUGGUGGCAACCCACCAACAGCAAGAAGGGUAGGAUCAUCCACCCAGCAGUCUUUUCCUAAUGGGAAACAAAAGAGUAAAACCAACCGGUUGUCUCUUGGCACCACAUACACCACGCACAAAAGCUGAGCUCAAGUCAAAGGGAACGUAUACCUCUCUGCAUCUCCAGAGACUGUUCACACUAUCACCUGCUCAACUUGAACUUUAGAUGUAGAACGUAUGUCAGUAAUGUUUGGAUCAGAGAGACUAUGGGUGGAUCCACACUGCACAAUUUUAGCAUAGGUUGAGCAUUCCAACUUUGGACCAGAAGUGUUUAUUCCUUUGGGGUUUUGUUUUUGGAAAACCUGUAUUUACAUAUAUGUGCAUAAUGAGAUAUCUUGGAAUGGGACAAAGUCUAUAUACCAAAUUAAUGUACGUUUCAUGUACACUUUAUGCACAUACCCUGACAGUAAUUUUAUGCAAUAUUUUAAAUAAUUUUGUGCAUGAAACAAAGCUUGUCUACAUUUUUUUUCAUGUCAGGAGCAACUUGAGAAACUGCAAGUUGCUACUGGCCUGAGAGAAUUGGCCAUUUGCAAGGACGCUGCUCAGGGGAUGUCCGGAUGUUUGAUGUUUUACCAUCCUUGUGCGAGGCCUCUCUCAUGUCCCUGCAUGGGGAGCUGGAGCUGACAGAGGGAGCUCAACCCACUCUCCACUGAUCUGUCAGUCAGCAGUCCUGCUGGCACAAAGGUUUAACUCAUUGUGCCAUCAGGUCUCCAUUAAACCAUCAGAAAGCAACGGUCUCAAGCAUUAUAUAGGCAAUUUUGGAUUUUAGACUAUUUCCGAUUUUUGGAUAAAGGAUGCUCAUCUUGUAGUUCCAUAUCAUGUUAACUACCAUUGUUCCAUUAUAGAAAAUCCUGGGAUUUGUAGUCUCUUGUACUCAGAAUUACCUGCAAGACAACACUAAUGCUGUUGCUUGAGAAAGUACACUAAAGCAUUCUACGUCUCUUCCCAAAUUACUCAUCCCAGUGUUAUCGAAGUGCUAUAACCGUGCAGUGUAGAUCCUGAGAAAGAGAGAGAGAGAGAAGAGGGAGCAAUAAAUAUGGAGUAGUACUGCAUUUCCAACAGAAUGAAACACCAAUUGGCCUGGCAGGAUCUGUCCAUGACAAAUGUCACAAUUGUGCGGACAGUAUACUUAGCGUGUGGUUUCUCCAAAGUCAUGCCGGUAAUGACGAUAUCGUGUAAAUAAUAUUCUGUGUGAGUUUACCUGGAUCUGUGCAUUUUGUGCCUUAUUCAUGGAAAUGCUUCUUUUUUUUUUCUUCCUCCAAGAAGGAGAAGAAGCAACUGCAAUUAAAAACCUUGUCAAGUGAUCCCAGUAAUAGCACAUCAUAAUUCCCGGAGUGCCAGCUGUACAUUCGCUCAACAGUUUCCGAAAAAGAUGAAAGCAACCAGGGCGGGGAGAGAGAAGGAUACUGAGCAAGAACAAUUAAUUAACAAUGAAAAGGCAGCCUAUAAGCCAAGGAGACAGCAGCAUUAAAUCAACCUUGCUGUGCUAAACAUUCCACCCCAAACUCGCUUAAAGAUCAAACAGUUAUAAUGUGAAAUCAUAGGAGGGUUCGAGGGUAAUGGAACACCUGCCGCAGCGCACACAGUGCGCGAGUGGGUUGCUACAGUAUGCGCUUGCAGCCGAUGUUCAUCACAGAUGGCGAGCUUCCAAAUGAUGCCCGGCCACUUGCUUGGUGAACAUUAGCAUUAGAGUAAGCCAACACAAGGGAAUAGACAUGAGCCAAUAGGGCAAACACCUUCGGCCCCAAAUGGAGGUUUUUAUUAUACGAGGGUUGAAUGAAAAGUAAUGCCUCCACCUUCAUAACUCCUCAACAGAUGGCAGUACUGGUAUGCGGCAGGUACUGGCUUGUUCAGUAGACUCUCCUCUACAGUUGCAAUUUGGCGGGAAUCCUUAGUUUUGAACAGUUGUGUUUUUAAAGUGCGAAGUAUAGACCCCUGUGCAGAUGGUCGGUCAGUGCGACUUAAGCAACGUGUGGUCACUGAAUCCUUGACAGCAGAAGGUGUCACCCCAAAAGAGAUUCAUCAGAGAAGGCAAGCUGUUUAUGGUGAUUGUGUUGAUAUGAGUUCUCUGCAUCACUGGGCGAGUAAGUUUAAAGAUGUUGAGGUAGGUACAUCUCUGACUUGCAUGACAAACAAAGAGUUGGACGUCCUGUGACAGCAACCACCAGGUUUCACAAGCAAAAGGUUGACAGAUUGAUUCAGGACAAUCGUAUCACUCAGAGAGAAAUUUCAAGCAUCUUCGGCAUUUCAUAAGAACGUGUGGGUCACAUUAUUGCUUUGCUUGGCUGUCGGAAGAUCUGUGCACAAUGGGUACCGAGGGUGAGAGAAAUGUGACACGCUGGUUGCGGAAACAGUGUCAACUUCUUCCGUGACGGCUUCAGAAAACUUGUUCAUCGUUGGCAGAAACAUAUCCAAUUGUCUGGUGAUUAUGUGGAAAAGUGAAUAGUGUUAGUUAAAGAGCACAUUCUAAGGAUUAUUUCUGCGUUUGGUUUAUUAAAAUAUUCCCAUCCAAACCCAAGUAAAGAAGAUGGAGGCAUUACUUUUCAUUCAACCCUCAUAUGUCCCCCCUCACUCUGCAAAAAAAAAAAAGAGGUCUUAACUCUUUCACCUAAAAUAUCCUUGUUCCUGAAUAUAUGCUAUUAUUCCCCCUUUUCCAUUCUGUAUGUCGGCCAUUAAAGGACUUUCACUCCCCCUCCGAAAAUACCGAGGGUCGUUUAUUUUGCUUAAGAACAUUUCAACCAUGAGACUAAUACGUUUUUUUUAAAAAAAAAAUUCUAAAGACCGAAUCAAAUGACACGACUGAAUUGACGUCCUUUACAAAUAUUAAUGAAUAAUCCAUACUUGUGUGAUACCAGAACAUAAAUGUUAUGUGAACCCAAAUAACUUUCUGUAACAAUGUGCUGCCUUGUUAGAUGGUAAUGUGAGUCCUCUCAGUAUUUAUGUUGAAAUCUCUUUAACAUUCAACAUAGUCUUGGUUCUGUUAAUUUAUAAUUUUUAUGUUGGGUUUGGGAUCAUUUUUUUUUUAAAAAAAAAGAAAUAUGCUUUAUCCAUUUGUGCAAAGGUAAAUGCAGAUUGUAUCUUUUUUAAUGGUACAGCUUACAAAAGUAACCCUAAAAAAGCUGCUCUAUACAGUCUAUAGAGUACUUUAACAUGUAUAGAUAUCUUGUAAACUUGUAUUGUGGAUGUGUAAAUAAUACGUCCUUUGGGUUUUUAACACCGCAUGUAAAGUCAAAAUAAACUAUUCAAAAGAA